AUGGAGAAUGACACUGUUGGCUUUGAGUUAACUCUGGAUGGGUUUAUUAUUCCUCCUGGUGGAAAAUACCCAAUAUUUUUUAUGGGUAUUUUUAUUUACCUUUUUGUUGUCUUUUGCAAUGUCAUCUUGCUAACUUUGAUCAUUUUGAAGAAGAACCUUCACAAACCCAUGUAUUUCAUUUUGCUCAGCCUUCCUCUCAAUGAUCUGAUAGGCAUCAAUGCAAUGCUGCCAAAAGUGCUUUCAGACAUUGUGACAGAGACAAACAGGAUUUACUAUCCUCUCUGUGUAUUACAAGCCUUCUUGAUCCACAUGUAUGGUGGUGCAGUCCUGUUCAUUCUUGCAGCAAUGUCCAUUGACCGUUAUAUUGCCAUUUGCAUGCCUUUACGUUACAGCUCUCUGAUGACCCCCACAAAUGUCGCUUGUGUUAUUGUUCUCAUUUGGGGGCUCGACUUUGUCUUGAUUGUGUCUUUCUUCGCUCUGCAGGCAAGGCUCCCCAGGUGCAAAUCUGUUAUUAUGAAUGUGUUCUGUGAUAACCCAUCGCUCCUGAAGCUCACAUGUGGAAACACAACAAUAAACAACAUUGUAGGAUUGCUUAACACAGCCAUUAUGCAGUUGCUCACCAUUUCUAUUCAAACAUUUUCCUACGUGAGGAUUCUGAUCACCUGCUUGCUUACAAAGAAGUUAGAAACAAAGCGAAAGGCUAUCAACACGUGCGUUGCACAGUUGGUUGUAUUCAUCAUUUUUGAGAUUGUGACAACUUUUACAAUUUUAUCCCACAGGUUUAAAAAUAUCUCACUUGACUUGCAAAAAAUAAUGGGCAUGCUAAUAUUUCUCGUACCACCACUUUUGAACCCUGUUGUGUAUGGGCUGUGUACAAAGGAAAUAAGAAAUGCUCUUUUGAAAGUCUGUAAAGCCACAAUGUGUCAGAUUUAG